AUGGAGUACAAACGCAUAGCUGUAGAAGCUUGUGGUGAUGGAGCAGCAGUUGAUUCAUCUGUAGAAGCUUCUGGUGAUGAAGCAGCAGUUGAUUCAUCUGUAGAAGCUUCUGGUAAUGGAGCAGCAGUUGAUCUAUCUGUAGAAGCGCCAGCAGAAGUGACAUCUGCAGUUAAUCCAUUGGUAGAAGCAGCUGUGGAAGAAACAUUAGUCUAUUCAUCUGAGAAGCUCCUGAUAAAGCAGUAUCGAAUUUACAAGCUAAGGGAUAUUCAUCUUGGAAUAAAGAUAUUUUAUUUCCACGAAAGACCUGUUGCUCUAGAGAAAGCAGAACAUAUUGUCAAGGUUACCCAGAGACGUGAGAGGGCUGCCAGGAAGGAGCUGUGGAGCAGCGUGGAUGUGAACGGAAACGGAUAUGUCUCCCUAGCUGAGACUCAAAGGGGAAUCCGUGACGUGUUGGCUAUCCCUGAAGUGUUCGACUGUAUCCCAGCGAUCAACGCAGCUUUCCAUCACUCCAGGAAGAUCUGCAAGAAACCCAACCCCCAUGGUGAUGAUUAUCUUCAGGCCUCAGAGUUCCGUGUUUUCCUUUAUUUACUCCGGCAGUUCUUCGAGUACUACCAGGCAUUCGACAGGCUGGAUACUGGAGAUGAUAGGAGAGUGUCCAAGGAGGAGUUCACCUCUCCCGCCAUGACUGCUGCACUAGAAAAGUGGGUUGGGCCAAUUUCAGACCUUGAAGCUGAGUUCGAGACAAUCGACAAAAACGGGGGCGGUCAGAUCCUGUUUGGAGAAUUCGUCGAUUGGGCGCUCUCAAAGAACCUUGAUAUCGAAGACGACGAAGAUUGAACCUGAAAUGUAAAAGACGACAUUUGAUCCCAUCCCAUGUGGUUUUUUCUUUCGAUUUUUGUUAAAAUUUCCGUGAAAUUUUUUAUUGAUUUUUUUAAAUUUUCAGUUUUAUUUACAAUAAAUAUUUAAGAACUUUUUCUAAAUUUGUCAAUUUUAAUAGAUACGAAGAUAUUAAAGACAACUGAACCCUGAUCUCUGUCCUUAUUGCAAAGACAACGGAUUCUCAUAUAUACAGG